AUGGGUAGAUUUAGCAGAAAUAAUAAUCAUCAGGCGAGUGGUGAACAAAGAGAGUUAACAGAUUUGAUUAAUUUACCAGAAAAUAGCAACAGAUGCGGUGAAUGUGGUAACUCUUUUCCAACAUGGGCUUCUGUCAAUCUUGGUGUGUUUCUAUGUGGUAGAUGCGCUUCUGUUCACAGGAAUAUGUUAAAUAAUAGAGAUGAUUACGUGUUUUCCCAUGUGAAAUCACUUACUAUUGAUAGAUGGAAUUCAAGAGAUGUUGAUACAUUAGGUAAUAGUGGUGGUAAUAAACGUAAUGCAAGUAUUUGGAACCCAAAAAAAGAGCCUUUCCCAUUUGAUGCAGAUGAAGACAAGAGUAAAGUCGAAGAGUUUAUUAGAAAUAAAUAUAUACUGGGUACUUAUAGGUAUAAUGCAAUUGAACCACAAGAUUAUGGUGAGCAAAGACAGAAUAAAGAAAGGGAUGGUCCAAGGGACAGAUAUGAUAACAGAAGAGACAGAUAUGACGACAGAAGAGAGAGACGAUACGGUGAUGGAGAUGAGGAUCGCUAUGACGACUAUAAGAGAAGUAGUCGUGGUAGAAAUAGAAGCGGCACUUCAAGUGGUCGUCGUGAUGGCAGAGGUGGCAGCACUAGAGAUGUUAGCUUAACGAACAGAAAAGCCAGAGAUUUUGAACUAAGCAAAUAUUCAAGACACAUUAAGAAUUUAGAACAAAUGGGCUAUACUGAUAUCGAUAAUAAUGCAGAAGCCUUAUCUAUUGCACACGGUGAUAUCAACCAAGCUAUUGAUAUUUUAGAGAGCAAUAACAAGAGAAAUGGACCAUCAAGGGAUAACAACGAACCUACACCAUCUUUACCAAAAAGACCUGCUGAAGCGGGUCCGACACCAGCCGUUUUUGAUGGUUCUGGCGCACCUGCAUCUAACGCUGCAGCGCCCACUGAUGUCAUUUUUGAUGGAACUGUCCAACAGUACAUUGAUCCUUCCACGGGUAUUAUCUAUGUCGAUCAACAACAUUAUGCUGCUGCACUACAAAACACGCAACAAAACAUGCAACUGCAACAGCAAUUACAAAUGCAACAGCAGCAACAAGCUCUUCAGCAGCAGCAAGCUCUUCAGCAGCAGCAAGCUCUUCAGCAGCAAAUGAUGACAGGUAUGUAUAUGCAACAGCCACAACAAACAGGGAUUGACAAGAAUGCCAUAAUGGGACUGUACAACAACCCAGCUUCAUACACUAGUCCAGUAGAAGUAAAACCUGACCACCCUCAAUAUCAACAAUUACAAGCCCAAGCCCAAGCCCAAGCCCAGGCUCAACAACAAUUGCAAAUGCAACAGCAACAACAAAUGCAGCAGCAACAAAUGCAACAACCAUACAACCCUGGAUACCCUGGUUAUUUUAUCCAAUAG